GUCUACGUCACGCUUCGAAGAAAAUGGCGGAAUUUCCAGAAUAAACUGUAGUGCCUGUGGGUCACUCUAGCUGUGGUAAACGACAUCACCGCCAGCACGACCGCCAGCGCUUGUGUGAACAUUGUGCUAAGGAACGGAAGAAGGUGUACCGGUGCGUGUCUGCACGAUGGCUUAAUGUGUGGUUUGGUGCCGGUGUGCGUUGUGCGACCUUCGUUCAACGAUCGAUGCCGUGCCGUCGUGCGCGAGUUCUUUCAAACAGGGUCUAGCCACUGGUCUAGUCUUUCACGACUCGAGUGGCGUACAACGACAGCUGCAUCAUGCCAAAGGAAGACGCCGAACCACCGCGCUGCGCCGUGUGCGGCCUGCAGCGCGCCCCGAACGCCGUGCUGCUCCCUUUCCCCGACCGGCGCCAGUCGAAGCUCUACGGCGCCUGGCUCGACUUCGUGCGCGGCUGCCCCGGCAAAAGCAACUGGCUGCCCGACAGUCGCACCGGCUUCGUCUGUACUCUGCACUUCACCUCCAAAUGGCUUAGGCGCACCACGGGCUCUGCCUACCACAACAAUUCACUGUUACUUAGAACCGCCACGGUGCCCACGCUCUACACGAGCCCGGAGAAACGCCGCCGCAUCGCCGAGGGCAGUAGCAGCGCUGCGCCCAUCCAGGCGGUUGGGGGGUCGGAGUUACAAAGUACCUCGCUCGCUUCUACGAAUGCCAGCCACCGCCAGCUGAUAGAUAUGCACGACGCAAACCAGCUCUCAGUCAACAGUGGCCAAGGCUGCUCUCGCACCUGGGACAGGAAGCCAGACAGCUGCCUGACAGUGGGCGGCCACUUUGCCAACUCUGUGGACCUCCCCAUGCUGCACGUGCAGCAGGAACAAAGCAGUUGUAUUUCCAUAGCUAGUGCCAGUAGCAGCACCAGCACCACUGUGGUUGCCAAGACAUGCUCUGACCCUAAGAAAACUGUGAGCAGCACAAAAAGCCUCAGCACACACAGUCUUCCAGAUACAGGUCGUGUUCCCAUCUAUGCCAGUGUACGACGCACAGUUGGGGCUCGUCGUACUCUGUCUGAGGACACAGACGCAAUGGCGGGAGCAGCACAGGGCAUGGGUGCCACGGAAUUGGAGAGACCACGAUUAGGCAUCCUCACCAGGUUUGCACAGAACCUCGUGAAGAAUGUGAAGAACUCUGAGCAACAGGAAUCAAGCACAGGCCUCGCUGCAAGCAGAGACAACAACAUUCGUGAAUUGGAUGCUGGAGGAGAAGACUUCACUGCUGCAUCUAAUGAGCCCUGGAGCGAGGAGGAGACCAAGCUGCUUCUAGAUUACUACACGACGUACAUACCCCAGAUUGGGCCCCACGACCGUUUCAAGACAAAAAAGCUCAUGUACGAGGAAAUUGCUCGAGAAAUGUCUCGCGUGUUAAAUGUUCAGCGGACCGGAGCGCAGUGUAAGUCUAGACUGUCCACUUUGCGAAAACAAAGGAGGAAGGCCGACAAAAAUUACGAAACAUCCGGCGAUGCCAGAUGUUCUGCUCCCUGUGGAGCGAAGUUUACCAUCGAUGACGUCCUUGUGCCAGAGGUGCUCCUGGAGUGUGAAAAGUGACCUAAACCACUGGGACAGAAAACACCUGCCUCUGUGACUGCAUCCACAAAAACCUGGGUGUGAAUCUAACCCAGGCCUCCGGGUGCAAGACGAGCACGCUUCCUCGAUGCCACGGCGGAUCCAUGGUUCUGGCUGACUAAAGGAGUGCCUAGCGUGUGCGUUCAUGAUGCUCCAAGAACUACAAAGAGUGUAAUACUUAAGCAGUCUUAAGUGUAUUUACCGUGUUUCUUUUUUAAUAUGACAAUUUUAAUUACUGUAUAUCACUAUGAAUUAAAUUUUUCAAAUGUAGUGAGACAGGUGGAGUAUUGUCACAGCAUAUAGAAACAUCUUGUGCAUUUUGUAGGGGCAGAACAGAAAGGUCUCUGUGGGAAAAUAAUAACAUAUAAAGAAAUAGACUGACGCAACAUUAUCCUUGUAUUUGAAAAAAAACCAUGUGCGCUACAAUACAAACACUGUUUUGGGAUCUUUGCAAUAAACAAAAGAUUUCGGGAAAAAGGUCCCCUUUCGUCGUGGCAGAAUUGAAGUGCAAAGCACCGAAUUGUCAAAAUACGAACAUGAGGUUAGUGGAAAGAAGGACAAGCACAGGCACUUUGUGUCAGAAGGUCGUACCGGAUGUUCUCGCUCCAUUCUCACCCCAUUCUCUUUUUCAGUGCCCAGAGAACGACUCUGGAUUUUGGCACGUCUCUUGAAGGUUGCCGACAAUGGAGGCUAAAAGGUUUUCAUGCUUAAAAAUCUUUCACAUUUACUACCAAACACCCCACUUAAAAAUGCACCGCCAAACAUGGUACUGCCUUUGCUAAAGCGGUCGUCUGAAGCAGUACAUUUCACUCAGAAGUGAAAUGGGUUUACUUUAGGAAAGCAGAAUGUUCAAUUUACUAAAAGCCUACUGUUCGUUGUCAAUUUUUUGCAGCCAGUGUAAAGAUUAGACGAAUCCACAAACGUGUACGCCGUGACUGAAGGAGAUAAGGCGGCUCGACCACCGUUUUCAUUUAUUUGUUGUAUCUUUCGUGAGGGAGGAGGCUCCGGACAUGGAGAGAAACUGCAAUUCACAUUUAUUAUUUGCUAUAGGUAGUUCUAAAAAGGGCCUCACACCAUUGGAUAUCUUAUUUGAUUUGCAAUACUCUAUUGGAGCAGCUCUUUAAUUUUUGUAAAAGAACUGCCAAGCUCGACACUCAUGCUUCCCCUGAUGCUGUUUUCCCCGCAUGGCUCUCGCGUCCCCCGUGAUCCAACUUCUCUGCCUAGCUAAGCCCCGGCUGCGGUCGGUGUCGUUGCAGCAUGUUACGAGAUGGGGCGAGUGCUGUGCUGCUAACGCCACCUAGUGGCGGGGUUGCUCGGGAGCAACAGAGAGUUGGCUCUUCCUCUCGGGGGUCGGCGAGCCGCGCGCCCCUUCUGCGCAAGAGGCUUAGCAGCACAACACUGCAAUGGACGAACGUGAUGAUUCAAACGUGCCUAGUGUUCGCGUGACCAUACACACGAACGAAAAGGUGUUGGUGUCUAGCAUGCGGGCAAACAUUCACUCGCUGUCCGGUCGCGGUGAGUCGGACUUGCUCGAUUUGUCCCGCACUCAUCAGCAUUUUCUCUCAGUAAUAAUUCGACUGGCUAUAGAUUGGUGUAUCAAGGCGCAAUAAAUAUGCUUGUGAUUGUCUGCA